UCUUCGCUCCUUGCUUGCUAGCUAUCGUGCACCUCACCCUGCUAGCGUGCGCAUGUCCCCACCCAUCGAAUCAAACGCCACCAUCGCUUCAAAUCCGAUCACCCAUCGUUGAGAUCUCAGAUUCAGAGCCUCAAUCCAUGUCGAAGGCGCGUGUUUACACCGACAUCAAUGUUCUUCGUCCCAAAGAGUAUUGGGAUUACGAGUCUCUCACCGUUCAAUGGGGUGAUCAAGAUGAUUACGAGGUUGUGCGAAAAGUGGGAAGGGGGAAAUAUAGCGAGGUUUUUGAAGGCAUAAAUGUUAAUAGCAAUGAGCGCUGUAUAAUCAAGAUUCUCAAGCCUGUCAAGAAGAAAAAGAUUAAAAGAGAGAUAAAAAUACUUCAGAACCUUUGUGGAGGCCCAAAUAUUGUCAAGCUUCUUGAUAUUGUCAGAGACCAACAUUCAAAAACUCCUAGCUUGAUAUUUGAGUAUGUCAACAGUACAGACUUCAAAGUUUUGUAUCCAACCUUGACUGAUUAUGACAUACGCUAUUACAUAUAUGAGCUCCUAAAGGCCUUGGAUUACUGUCAUUCUCAAGGCAUAAUGCAUAGAGAUGUCAAGCCUCAUAAUGUUAUGAUAGAUCAUGAGUUGCGGAAACUUCGCUUGAUAGAUUGGGGUCUUGCUGAAUUUUAUCAUCCUGGAAAGGAAUAUAAUGUUCGAGUAGCUUCAAGAUAUUUUAAGGGGCCUGAGCUUCUAGUUGAUUUGCAAGACUAUGACUACUCAUUAGACAUGUGGAGCCUCGGCUGCAUGUUUGCUGGAAUGAUAUUUCGCAAAGAGCCUUUCUUUUAUGGUCAUGACAACCAUGAUCAGCUUGUCAAAAUAGCUAAGGUACUUGGAACUGAUGAACUGAAUGCAUAUCUUAAUAAGUAUCAUCUGGAGCUUGAUCCUCAACUUGAUGCACUUGUUGGAAGGCACAGUCGCAAGCCCUGGUCUAAAUUUAUCAAUCCUGAUAAUCAGCACCUUGUGUCUCCUGAGGCAAUUGAUUUUCUUGAUAAGCUCCUUCGGUAUGAUCACCAGGACAGGCUAACAGCAAGAGAAGCAAUGGCACAUCCUUAUUUUUCUCAAGUAAGGGCAGCAGAAAGUAGCAGAAUGAGGACACAGUAACUUUAUUGCUUGUGGACCCACAAACUUGAGUUGAUCUAUUUGGGAUUGUUUCAUGAUACCAGAACAUGUAACAUGUGCCAUGGUUACCUUGUGUUAUAGUUAGUUUUCUUGCGAGGAUUGCAAUUUUUUAUGUUUUCAGUUGGGGAAUAAUGUUAUUAUUGGCCGUGAUUGGAAAUUGAAUUGUUCCUUGAAAA